GCAGUAAAUUUCCAGGCACAUUGUAAACAUGCCUCACCUGCUGCUGCUGCUGCUGCUGCAUGCCAAAUGGAGGUGUGACUCUCAUCCUAUAGCUGCUGUCUUCCUCUCUGUGUUGCGCAAUCCACAACUUAUUCAACCACACACAACCACUCCCUUCUUACAAAAGUCGAGAGCUGGUUCAAAUCCGGUCGUGUCCCCGAAACAGCUCGUUCACAGCUGGAAACUUCAAUCUUGCAAACAACAAGCUAUAACUUUGAAAAGGCGAGGACACUUCUACCUGAACUACACACACUCCCGUCAGCUGCUGAUCAUGGGGGACAUCAAGAAAGGGAAGAACACAUUUGUCAAGAAAUGUGCCCAGUGUCACACGGUGACUGAGGGGGGAAAACACAAGGUGGGACCCAACCUGUGGGGUCUGUUUGGGAGGAAGACAGGACAGGCACCUGGCUACAACUACACACAGGCCAACAUCAAUAAAGGUGUCAUAUGGGGUGAGGAUACUCUGGAAGAAUACCUUAAGAACCCUAAGAAGUACAUUCCUGGUACCAAGAUGCUCUUCAACGGGAUCAAGAAGAAAAAGGAACGACACGAUCUUAUAGCCUAUUUAAAGGACGACACCUCCUCCUAAUAUACUGACAACACAGAACACACACAUGCAGCUGUACAUUUAGGAUAAAAAACAGUGUGUUCUUUGUUUUUUGAGUUCACAAUUUACAAUAGCUUUUUUAAAUUUAUCACUACAUUUUGUUGCAAUACAACAUUUGCUGCCACGCUGUUUUUGUGUGUAGGAGACUGUUUUUAAUUAUCGUAUGAGUCAGCCUUGUUGCUUUUCCAGAUAUUUCUCAGUCAAGGCUUCUUAAAGAGGCAGCCUUCCUUUGGGAUUUUCUAAAAACAAAGGUGUUUAUAUUUUACUACCGUUUGCACAGAAACUACACACUGCAUCUUUUGGGGUUUAUUUUUGUAUUAUAUAAUGUUUACUACUUGUUCUAUAAUGUUUACUACUUCUUCUUGUUCUUAUACAGUCUCAAAAUGGGUCGACUUUGAAAAAGUCUUUGUGUAAAAUGGUGCUGGACUGUCUACUUUAUUUCCUGGUGGAAUUAUUUCUUAUGUUGUGAAGUUGCACUUUAAAGUGAGUGUUUUGUAUUUCUACAUUUUCUACAUUAAUGUGUGUUUAACAACAGUAAGGUCAAACAGAUUUGUCUUUUACAGGAAAACAGCCAUAUUUUGGUUAAAGUCAUAUUUACAGUUCUUAGACUUGGUCUUAUAACCUGUUGAAUAUGGGUCAAUCCUAUAAGUACGUAUGUUUAUAUUGUAUUCUUUAUACUGAGUUACUGUUUCAUACUCUAUUAUCACUUUUCUACGCAAUGCCUUGACUAGAGUAUAUAAACGGAUGUGGCAAUAAAAUAUUUCCGCUUUAGUGAA